AUGGCGGUGGCCGCUUUUCAGAAUGGGCUGAGCAGAAGUGGGUUGCGGGUGACCAAAAAGUUGCUAAGCCGACUCAUGAAAUACCCUUCAACCACUUGGGAUGAGACACACAAUGCCUAUUAUGCCGAGGAAUGGGGUCACAAGACCAAGGACUUCAUCGCCCUUAGGCAAGAGGUCGUGAACAUGCUUCACCAAGGUCACCUGAAAGAGUUGAUGAGCGAUCAAGGGAGGGACAACUUCGCCCGAGGGCGAGAACAACAUUUGGGGCCACCCAAACCACCUUCCCCAGUUCUGACCAUUCAAAUGAUCAUCGGAGGAGGCGACGAUGCGUCCAUCUACAACGUGAAGUUCACCACCACUCACAAGCUCAAGAGGUCAAUCACCCAUGAACGACGUAUCAUGGUCAAUGAUGGAAGCGGCGCGUGCAUCAUCCAUCCUCGAGUUCUCACCCAAAUGAAGCUCGAGGAGAGGAUAGUGCCACGCUGGAUCACGCUAAUAGGUUUUAACAAUGCAGUUGAGCAGACAUCUGGAGAAAUCACGCUGCCCGUCUUGGGCGGCGGCCUCACAUUGGUGACCACGUUCCACAUCAUGGAUCAGGAUACGGCGUACAACGCCAUCAUAGGCCGACCAUGGAUACACGCCAUGGAAGUCAUCCCCUCCAGCUUGUACCAAGUCAUUAAAGUUCCCAUCCCCUGGGGAGUAUUCUGCAUCCGGAGAGAGCAACGCACGACCCGAGAAUGCUACCGCAUCGCCCAAGAUUGCACAUACACCCAACAGUUUAAAGGAAAAGCCAAGGAAGCAUAG